AUGGACAGUACUCGGAACAUAAACUAUGUAUCAUCCACCGUGGUAUGUGACAACAAUCUUUUAACAAAGUGGUACAGAUUUGGUGGUGGUGCCGGAACACAACUAUCUACGACAUGUAUCCCAGCAGGGAAAAAAUGUGCCUCACACGGUGUUUCGUGGUUAAAUGGUGCUCAUCCUUCUGUCAACGAGGGGAGGGUCACACGCGAG